ACCAAUGAAACGUCUCCUUUCGCAGGUUGAAAACAAGUUCCGCUGAAAACGCUCAAAAAAGAUCGAACCCUGCAAAUCUAGUAGUCAGACGAUGCUGCAGACAACUUUAAACACGAUUCAUUUCAUUUACACGAGUUUACUCCGAGCAAAGUUACACUUUUCAUAGCUAGACUGAGGAAUUGAGAACUGGAGCUGUCCAGGGUUCUGCGCCUUGAUGCGAGACGCCCCAUUGCGUUCGCGCUUCAUUAAACCACAUUGUUUUUCUUGGGUAGCGGAAUAUUUGCUUGUCGGGGUUACACAUGACAGUAGGCUGUGGUGUACUGACCGCCACGAUCUGAGACGCUCACCCUUCAUUGACGAAAGCGAAGCCUUGAAAUGACUGUUUGCAGUGCGUAAGAGCAGAAGAAAACGAGUCCCAAGUCCCGGAGCGCCGUCCGAUUUCAUCCCAGCCAUGGGUGUGCUGAUGUCCAAGAAACAGCAGGUGGAGAAGGUGCAGAAGUGCAGCAUUGUGGUGUCAGCCUUCAAAGAGGGUUUGAAGGAUCGGCCGACUGUAGCCUCCACAGGCCAGACCGAAGACGUUGUGACCGAGAACGGAGAGGGAUCUGCUGAGGGAUCAAAUCAAACUAACACAGAUCACGCUGAACAGAAAGAGAAGGACAACAAGCAGGGGUCUUUACCUGCUCAGCAGGCCUCUGCCCUGCUCAGAGAGGAAAAUAAGGCCAAUCAGGAGGCUUGGGGGCGUCUACGAGAUGGGAAGGGGGUGGAGCCAGAGGAUCUAAAGAAGUCACAUCAACUCACUCCUCCGGCGUUCGUGCGGCCGAAGAGAGAUGUCAACGACGACAAGCCGGUGGAUGUGCCACUUGGGCAAAGAGACCAGCCUGUCAAUGAUGAGAUGUGCGAUGUGUGUGAAGUUUGGACGGCGGACGAUCUCUUCCCCUGCCGGAUGUGUACGCGGGUUUUCCACGAUGGCUGUCUGCGGGAGAUGGGCUACCUGAGUACAGAAGCCCUGCAGGAGAUGAGAGAAACAGCCCACACUACCAGCGGUUGGAGUUGCUAUUACUGCGAUAAUGUGAACUUGCUGCUCACAGAAGAGGAAAUGUACAGUCUAAUGGAGACCUUCAAGCAGUGCAAGAUCAUUCCAGAAUCGUGCUUGGUAUCAGAUGAACUUCUGCAAUACAGGCACUUUGUGACCAAGCAGCUUUUUGACAGAGACUUGACUGAUGAGGAGGAAGAGGAGGUGCUGGCCCAGUUCGCAGCUCUGGAUCCAGAGAAGAAGGGCCAGAUUGAGUGGUCUGAUUUCCUUUACCACGAGACACUUUCAGUCCUGCAGAAAUUCCGCACUGAGAACUCUCUGGUAAGAAUUCUCACGGCGAAGGAGAGGGACCGGGCACGAGCUGUGUUUCAGAGUCUAGACCAGGACAAAGAUGGAAUCAUCACUGCUGGAGAAGCCAAGCGGGCACAAACCUCCUGGUUCUACAAGAUUAACAAAGAGUCACAGUCCUGCAAUGUCAGGCUCACAGGAUUGUGCUCCCCUUGCAAUGUGGGUAUCAGUCAUGUAGGUCCAAUAUCUGAGAGCAGUCCAGCCAGCUCCAGCAGUGAGAGAAGCAGAGAUAAAGCCAUGGAAAAUGACAACAGACCAGCUACCUGGAACAACUUCCUGAGAGAAAGCGCUAUCUACAUCCUGGCCGCCAGGCCCAACAGCUCAGCCAUGCACAUCCAUCUGCCUCUCUAACCAUUGCCCCAUUGCCUGAGAUUUCCAGACGGGCUAGAGGGAACUUCCUAGGUCCAGUUUGAAGAGAAACAGGUGCUGAGAACUAAACUCCCGACACCACAAGAGUCAAAGCAAACAGAAAACGGCAACACACUCCAAGACCGUACAAGCCAUGAACGGAUUCUUCCUCAAAUACACGAUCUAUAUCGAUAAAACUGUCGCUUUAGAACCAUAGCACAUCUGUCGCUAGAAUUAAGGUUUUAGAUGCUGUGUGCUUGUGUUUUUUGUGACCAGAUGUUCUGAUGAGAAACACUGCAGUUAAAAAAGAGGGAUAAAAACACUGUUAAGAGUAAAAUGCACCACAGCACCGGUGUUUGCUUCUAGUGUCUUUGGCCUUGUUGUACAGUAUUUCAGUUGUGGCUCUAGCCAAUCAGCUUGCAGGAUCCGAUGUAAGAUCAGCAGUUGCAUCAUUGCUUAGUACAUUUCAUAGUCAAAAUCUGAAUAUAAAUGUAGUGAGAAUAUAGAAGAAUUAUAGAGAGAGAGAUGCUAUAUAUAAACUAUAUAUACGUAUACUGUAUAUUAUACAAUAUACAGUAUAUAUAAAUAUAUAUUGUAUGUGUAUUUAUUCCCAUAUCUUCAAGGUUGGAUUAUGGUCUGGGCCAAUGGGGGCUUGCCAGGUGCCCCACAGCGGUCUGACAAAUGAAAACAAGGCUCUGCAAAUAAAAAAUGAUGGUACUAUAUAUAAACAGUGCUUGAACGUGCAUUUAACAUACUACAGUGCAAUUUACAUCAGUUACAGUUUUAUCAGUAGUUUAAAGGAGUAGUUCACCGUCUCGUCCUGGUUUUGUAAUGCCAUUAAAUGGGUCCAAGGUUUUAGUAAGUAAGCCACUUGACUCCAGGAGGUUAAUAAAUGUCAUCUGAAAUGAAAUAUGUUUGUGAGAGAAAAUAACAGCCACCUAAUCAAGGCAAGUUCAAAUAUGGGGGUGUGACGAAUCUCAUUGGUUCUCGCGUGUCUUGUGACCUAUCGUCAUAUAUGUAUUCUGCCGUAAUGCAUAUGCUGAUUCGACGUACCGCUAUGUUUGCAUCUUUAGGGAAGACAUUUUGCGUUUGCGCAAUAUGAAAUUAGAAGUUUUUAAAUGGCUCAUUCUUUGUUUUCAAGUAUAUUUAUUUUUACUUAAUGUUACAACGAAGAGAAAAUAAAUCGUAAUUGUUUUUAGUGGUGUCAUGCAUUUUAAGUAGCAACAGUGUAAUGUGAAAAUUAUAAAACAGUGUCUGUGGCGAGAAGGCCUCGUAUGACCUUAAUCCUUUCUUGCGUAUUUUCCAAAAGAACUGUUGUUUUAUUUGAUGUUUCUUCAUCUGAUUUAUUUAAUACCCUAUUUGAUCUGUAAAAACUGUAACUCCUGUAAAUGUGGCAUUUCCCAGUGGUUACCUUAUAGCUGAUGCAAAUGUACAAUCUUCCAAAUAACUCCAAUGCUAAUUAAAAAGCAACAAUUUGUUGAUAAUCAGGUGUAGAACUUGCUGCCUAUAUGAUACUGACUCAGAGAUUUCGUCCUUCCUAACAUACUUCCUAUCUUCCACAUAUUUUUGCAAUAGAUCCAUGUUGAAUUUGUUCUUAGUUGUGGUGCAGAGGAAAAAUUGUCUAAUAUCUAAACCUUUUUAUUGUUUCGCAUAAACAUGUACACUCCUGUAAAAUAGCACCUCGGUUUACACUAAGUAUAUCAAACUGUAUGAGGGGUAUGAAGCAUCAUAACAGUGUUUAUAUGGUCAUAUUUACUGUAUUUGCUUAUGGACAGUAGAUGUUGGAUUGAUCAAGGCAAUUAUUUCAAGGGACUGUGCAAUACUCCGGGUUUUGCUGGUAAUGCUGAAAAUAAACGCAUGAUGUUAACUCCAAAAAUUACACUGGAACUGUGUGGGCUAUGAGU